AUGCAAAACGGAGAGCGCGCCGCCCACGUCAAACACAUCGACACAACCACGGACGCGCAGGCAGAACACACGAACUCGGUCAACGAAGCGACAGCAGCACUCAACGCCGCGUCUGUAUAUACAAACGGCAUCAACUCCUCCCUUCAGAAUGACGAAAGCACGCUCGAAGAUGACAGCAUUCCUGCGCGGCCGAGCAAGAAGCGCCGACUCAACGAUCCCCUUAAGGAACUGCGCCCUUCGCCAUCGCGACCCACCUCGCCGCCGUGGAAGAAGUUCGCAGUCGAGGGACCGACCUCGCUCAUAGUAGGUGGCAGGAGAAUCUCGUCGCGCAACAACCCUACCGCCGCCGAGACCCAGUCGCAGCCACAGCCACAGCCGGAUGACAACAAGCGGCGAACGAGGGGCGUGGUUCAUGAGACACCUGGUGCUCCGCGUCCGAGGGGCACGUCACUGCGGAACGGUACACAGCCAGCGUCGGCGGGGAAGGCCAAGGGAAAGGGCCAUCAGUCGGAUGGAAACUCUGCGGCAAAAGCUGAGUUCAAAAUCCCUUCACCAAAGGUGCACCGAAAGGCAAAGCCCUCCGUGGACGCGUCGCAACCACCACCUUCGCCUCGACCCGAUGGAAAGACUGGUGAAAAGGUAUCGGCCAAGCGUCGGCAGUCUCCAUCGCCACCGGACCGUCGUAAGAAGCGCCGUUCACACAGGGUUAGCGACCUCUCAGCCGGAGAUGCUAUCGAGGCGCCAAAAAACACACACAAGGCCACUUCGGAUACCUUUACCGGCCCGUCGCCACGUCUGCGAUUGAAGCUUCGUGCGCCCACAAUCCCGCUUCUGCAUCCAGGCCACAUUCCCGCGCCUCGUAAAUAUCCUUCCUUUCGCGAAUGGUUCGAAAGCGAAGAUGCUCUGGACGAAGAUGACAAGAAGGAUCGGACAACCGAUGAGCGGGUGCGCGCGGAGGUAGACAUUCGGUUAAGACUACUUAGAGAAGGCCAGCCUGGAGGUUUGCUGUCCGCAGAGCGAUGCUCGCUCUACGCGCUCGACUCUCCAACCGAGCCUCCUGCGCAGUAUGGACCGUGGGAUCACAUCGCGCAGCAUGCGGUGUACUUCCAGAAGUUGCAACAGAGGGAGUCCUUGAACCACAGGAAACUUGCUAAGACUCUGGCGAUCGACUGCGCGACUUGGUACAGGGAAUUGAUCACCAAUGCAAAAUACCAUGGCAAGUACCAGAGCUGGAUCAUCCCGGAAGACGUGGUAGCACCGACGGCAGAGGAGAUUGCUGCCGCAGCUGUGGCGCUAGAAAAGGCGCGAUAUAAAGGUUUGAUGCGGGAUCUGGUGCAGUCGUGGGAGCUUGUCAAGCAGGAGGUGGAUAAGCUGAAGCUUGCAAGAUACGAGGAAGAGCAGCGGUUGCUGGGCAGAGAAGAGAUGAAUAAGAUGCUGGGGAAGUCGGCCGCCUUGCUCGGACAGCGGCUGAGACGUCCGUCUGACGUGUCGAGCGUAGAGGGAGAGGAAGAAUAUUCCUCAGCGACCGACACUGGAAAUGACGAUCAGAAUGAGUAUGAUGAGAGCGUGGAUCUGGAAGACGACGUAGGAAUGGUAGGUGAGGCCAUAGGAAGUCCUCGAAGUUCUAAAGCUGAAGAAUCGGAAGACCCUGAGAAUAUGUCCAACAGUGAAGAUGAACCGGAGGAGCUUGGAAGGGAUGAUGAUGCUGGCCUUACUCAGGAGCAACUGCGGGAAAAGUACCAGGACCUUCCGAAAGCGCCCGCGAAUGACGAUCAAGUGGACGAGGAUGACUCGGGUGAUGAAGACGGCGUCGAAGCGCAGUCACCUGGUUUAGAGGGAAUGCUAGAUCUUCCAGGUAGACAAGGGCAAGACAAUGACGGCAAAAGCGAGGAGCCUGAAGUCCAAGUUGACGGCGAUGCGCCGGAAGAUCCAUACCAGGGCAUUGAUCCAUCCCAGGUGAAGCUCGAAGAAGUCGACGAGGUCUUGAUGGACGACACUGACGAGCCUACGACCGAUGAAGACAUGUCAGAGUCCGAUGACGAGCAGACGGUUGGGACGGAGGAUGAAGAUGCAGACGAGAGAAGUGAAGAUGAAGACGGCGCAGAUAAUCCUCUAUGGGAAUUUUUCUCGAGCAAAAAAGUUGAAGAGCUCAAGGCUGGAGAUAUCACAGGAUCAACAGAGAAUAAGGAGAAGGCUUCAGUCAACCACGGUGUUCCUUUAGUCGCGCCGGACGUUGUUGAUGGACUCCCAGCAUCUGAAGACCUUGAAGGGCGGCCAACGAGCGCUCAAACGGCAGGCAUAGAACGGAUGCCGGAAGUAGGGAAGAAUGGCGAGGCGCAGCCUGCAUCAACGGACGGCGCAGCCAGCAGCCAUUUUUCGCCUAGGACCAGUUCCGUUGGCCCCCUUGAGUCACUUCAGCAAACCGACAGUCGAGCCUUGAGCCGUACGAGGACACCUCCAACGACAGUGAACACGCCCAUAUCAGUCAAGACCGAGGUCCCAUCGCUUCUGCGAGGUACCCUUCGAGAGUAUCAGCAUCAUGGUCUAGACUGGCUUGCAGGUCUCUACGCCGGUAAUACUAACGGCAUUCUUGCUGAUGAGAUGGGUCUCGGCAAAACUAUACAGACCAUCGCGCUUCUUGCUCACCUAGCAGAUCAUGGUGCAUGGGGCCCACACCUGGUUGUCGUACCCACGAGCGUCAUGCUCAACUGGGAAAUGGAAUUUAAGAAGUUUUGUCCGGGCUUCAAAGUGCUCACUUACUAUGGAGACAUCGAGGAGCGGAGGAGGAAGCGCAGUGGCUGGAGGGAUGACGACAAAUGGAACGUAGUCAUCACAUCCUAUCAGCUGAUCCUCAAAGAUGCGGCGGCCUUCAAGCAGCGUGGUUGGUUGUACCUCAUUCUUGAUGAGGCUCAUAACAUCAAGAACUUUCAGACGCAGCGUUGGCAGACGCUCCUCAAUUUCAGAACACAGAAGCGCCUUCUGCUCACCGGCACACCCCUGCAAAAUAACUUAUCCGAGCUGUGGUCCCUGUUGUUCUUCCUCAUGCCCUCCGGCGAUGACGGUCAAGGUGGUUUCACCGGCCUGCACAACUUCACGACUGCAAUGAGUAGGCCGACGAACCAGAUCCUCGAGCAGGGAAAGCAACAGCUGGAUGCUGAAGCUCAAGCUACAGUAGAUCAACUACAUAGUAUCCUGCGGCCGUACUUGCUCCGAAGACUGAAAGCAGACGUGGAAAAGCAGAUGCCAGGCAAAUACGAGCACGUCAUAUACUGCCGCCUAUCCAAGCGCCAACGCCAGCUGUACGACGAGUUCAUGGGACGGACCGAAGUCAGGCAGACCCUAGCAUCUGGCAACUACAUGUCAAUCAUCAACUGCCUGAUGUCCCUCCGGAAGGUGUGCAAUCAUCCAGACCUGUUCGAGACGAGACAGAUAACGACCUCGUUCGCUAUGAGAGAGCCAGUCACUGGAACGCGUAGGUCUGCUAUCGCAGAUUACGAGAUCAAGGAGUUCUUUGUCCGCAAGCGAUUGCUGCAGAAAGCUGACGAGCAGGUCAGCCUAGAGCAUCUCAACCUCAUGCUAGUCCGGAAUGAGUCCUCAUCAGCACUUGACGCAAAGCGAAGUACACAGCUGUCUGCUGUCCGUCCGCUCGAGGAUCUAAUAGAGCACCAGGUACGGACUAUCGGCCAUGAGAGCGAUUUUGAUGGCUCCUCUAUUGGCUCUAUACUUGCAUAUGCGGCCCAGAAAGCGGAGCGGUCAAAGCUGGAGCAUUUGAAGCACUGCCUCGACCUGACUCGCCGGCGAGCCCAGAGGCGGCCAGUCUACGGCACUGGCUUGCUGAGGCGGCUGGCCCUGGACCUGCAAGAUCGUCUGGUCUUACGUACACCACGACGAGCCGCUAAUUCGACGGACUGGUAUCUGAACCAUUCCCCGCUACUCCAGAAAAUGAUUCUAGGCGUGGAGGAGAGGUCUCAGAUGAUGCAUCCCUACGUUCAAAAAUUUGCGUGCAUUACGCCGACAGUCGUUGCAGACGGCAUGCCCGCGCUUACGCUAACCCCGUCUGGAGUUUCCAUAGUCCGCCAGGCUCAACAGCUCUGCCCCCGCGACCCGUUCCAUGAAGCUCGGAUGCGCCUCUCUAUCGCCUUCCCAGACAAACGCCUGCUACAGUACGACUGUGGGAAGCUCCAGCGCCUCGACGCCCUCCUCCGCCAACUACAAGCCGGCGGUCACCGCGCCCUCAUCUUCACUCAGAUGACCAAGGUCCUCGACAUCCUCGAACAAUUCCUAAACAUCCACGGCCACCGCUACCUCCGCCUCGAUGGCGCCACCAAGAUCGAACAGCGCCAAAUCCUCACCGACCGCUUCAACAACGACCCGCGCAUCCUCGCCUUCAUCCUAUCCUCGCGCUCCGGCGGCCUCGGCAUCAAUCUCACAGGCGCCGACACCGUAAUCUUCUACGACCUCGACUGGAACCCGGCGAUGGACAAGCAAUGCCAAGACCGCUGCCACCGCAUCGGCCAGACGCGCGACGUCCACAUCUACCGCUUCGUCUCCGAGCACACCAUCGAAGCCAACAUCCUGCGCAAGUCGAAUCAAAAACGCCUCCUCGACGACGUCAUCAUCCAGAAAGGCGACUUCACGACCGACUACUUCAACCGCAUGAGCUAUCGCGACGCGUUCGACGACAGCGGCUCCGCUGCCACCGAGACGGAGGAAGACAAAGAGGCCUCGGCGGCCAUGGACCGCGUGCUCGGCAACGUUACGGGCCUUGGGCAGGUCCUUGAGUCUGUUGAGGACAAGGAGGAUACGGAGGCCGCGAAGGUCGCCCAGAAGGAAAUAGUGCACGACGUCCAGGUCGACCAGGCGGAUUUCCAGGAGUCUGGUCAUCCGAGUGCGACGCCAAAGGCUUCGGUGCCCCCGACGCCACAGGCGGCGAACGGACCGGAUGUUGAGACGGCGGGGCAGAGUGGCGCGUUGCUGAGGGCGGCGGAGACGGUCAGAUAUGAGGAUGAGGAGAGGAUGCACGUGGAUGAGUUCAUGCUCAGGCAUCUGAUGUGGGAAAGGAGGGACGAGAAGUUCGUGCCGCCGAGGGACAGGCGGGAGCGGAGGGAUCGGAGGGGGAGAGAUCGGAAUAGGAAGAGGUGA